GCAAAAUGAAUUCAUAAUUUUCUCAACAACCAAAAUUAGAAUAGGAUCAUUAGCCAUUACCGUAUUCUCUACCUCCUCUCCAAAAUCCAGAUAGAGUCUAAUAUUAUCCUAUCUUCUAUAUAAAACAGAAUAAGUAUUAAUUUCACUUUAUCAAAUAAGCUAGCCAAUUCAUUCGAAUUUUUAAUAACUACCUAUUGAUCAAUAAAAUGGCUGGUUUGUCUGUCAUCCUGUAAUGCAAAACGAUCCUUUCUUUCCGCACAUAUCAAAUUUUUCUCAAUUUAUUCAUAAACCUCCAGCUUUCAACCCUGAAAUACCGAUUAAAAUUGAAGAUGAUGCAGAAAUUCCAUAAACACAACAAUCCUAGUAAUUCCAAGAGCCUAAUUCAAAUAAAAAGAAUGACAAAUCAAGGAACAAAAAGCAAAAAGAUUAAAAUAAAUUAAAAAGAAACGUUGAAAAUAGCAAAGAAUUAGAAAUCUAACCAUGUAAUUGUUCUCAAAGUAAUUGUCUUAAAAGAUAUUGUGCUUGUUUUCAUAGUGGCAGGAUGUGUUUAGAUGAAUGUUAAUGCAAAGAUUGUAAAAAUUGUACUGAGUUUGCUGAUGAAAGAGAUGAAGCCAUAAACCAUGUUUAUAAAAAAUGCCAUCGUGAUAAGAAGGUGCCAGUAAAUGAAUUACUCUCUUUAUAAAUGAGUUAUGGAUGCAAAUGCAAAUCUACUGGAUGUUAAAAAAAGUAUUGCGAAUGCUUUAAGAGAGGUUAGAUAUGUGGAGAAUAAUGCGCUUGUGAAGAUUGCCUCAACAUCCCAUUUGGCUUAAGCUAAAAGGAUCUUAAGAGAAAGAAAACACUGCUAAAAUGA